UUUGUUUUCUUCUUCUUGAAUACCUCCUUUAUUAUUUUUGACAGCAAAUUAAUAAUCUAAUGUGUUAAGCCCACUGAUAGAAAAAAAAUCUGCCUUUACGUAACUUAAGUUUUAUAAUACAAUUUAUAAAAUAAAGCCUAUACUUUUGACAGUGAGACCGGCCAUAGAUAUAUGUAUAUUACAUCUUAGAUUAAAUGAGUAAAUACAUAUUAAUAAACCUAGUCGUACCUUUAUCUGGUUUAAAAUGGCCUAAAAAUAGACCAAGAAAAUGAUAUGUGGGAUUCUCUUUGGUUCAAGUCCGUUGUGAUAAGAACAUUUGUCUGCAGUACUUGAGGCUGAACUCAGCCUGCACAAGUGAGUUACAGCUUCUUCUGUGGGAUACUUCCCCCAUCCUGACGUCAGCUUCAUGUGUGAUUUUUCCUCCCCAUCCCAGUCUCAAACUGACGCAUUCACAUAUCAGCUCUUCAGCAGCGACUCGGGUAGGCUCAGGUAUAUGCAUCUGAACGCCUCACAUCCACACAUGAACAGCAGUCAGAAUGCUGCCUGAGCCUCUCCUCCAGCAGUGAUGCCGGCCCUCGGCCCUCCCACGCCUCUCCUCUGGGUGCUGCUCUGUGUGUCGGUGGCUCUGCAGCGCUCCGACCUGCGUCUGGCCUACGUGACCCACAACGGCUUCUUCUACUACUCCUGCAGCCAGGACCCGCAGCCCUGCAGCGUGCCGUCGCUCACGGAGUGCAGAUGCAAUCACAUCCAGGCGUCCACGCACUCGUCUCCCGUCUUCCGGAUGAGACGCUUGACGGUUUGGUUCACGUCGCCGUUGAACACGGCUCGCCUGCUCAACAACUCGGAGGUGAGACACCUCACUCUGAUUCACUGUGGCCCUGGAGGAGCUGAGACGGCCUCUUCUUCCCCGGAGGGACACUUUGCUGUGCAGCACCUGGAGAGGCUGACAGUGGUGAACCUGGAGAAGAGGCCGCUUCACCACUGUCCAGAUGCGAACAGAGCCAGGAACGCAGACUCAAACAGUGACCCCGGUGGAGAUAAUGGCGCUCACCUGGACAUAAACAGAUUCAAGAAGGACAAAGACACACACCUGGACAUGAUCAUGAAGAGAGAUUCCUUGGCUUUGUCCUCACUCCAGUGCCAAGACAUAUUCCUGGGCAAGGAGCUUGGAGCAGCAUUUCACGAACAGGCCAGGCUGGGAAUCAUCCACAGCUCGGUGCUGGAGUGGGGAGCGGUGGUCAAAGCGUACACGGUUCAGACACACAUUGACAACGACGGCGCGCUGCCGUUCCCCGAUCUCCACCUGCCAAAACUACCAGAGACAUCUGUCAUAUAUGUCAGCUUUGUGUACUGAUGAGUUACUUUUAGAGGAAGAUGAUUGACUGUGCAGGACAACAGGGAUCCUACAUUUUGGAUAAUAAUGUGGGUCUUUUUUUGUUGCAGGCCUUCGAUUUACUAAAUAAAUGGAUCACUCCAAUGUAAACCCAAAGCAAAACUGAAUUAGAUAUUUCCUACCCUAUUGCUUUAACCAUCAUGUUCUCAAGUGUACUAUAUUAACUUUGCACAGCUGUUUAUCAGCAUGUUAAAACAACAAUAUACUAACUGAUGUGAAAUGAGUUGUGAAAUGGUCGGGUGUCUCUGUUAACCAGCAUUUAUUCGCCACUUGUUUUCCCUCUCUA